AUUGCGGGUCACUCCACCGCAGGCAGCUGUGAGAUAGGGCAGGGACUGUGGGCUGGCUUUUGGUCCCAGCUCCACUGGAUUCUGAAUGGCCUACCAAGCCUACCCACACACCCCGGCUCUUGAGCCCUCUGUGCGUUCGUGGUGCCAAAGGUCAAUCGUUGGCCCCUGUGAUCCUGCAGCCCCAGACAGCCUAGACUCCAGAAUCCUACCUCCUAACCUUUCACUCAUCUGGAAUUAUUCAACUCCUUUGACUGUGGUAGAUCUGCCAUGGUCUAGCCAAGUGGCCCUAGAUUUGGCCUCAGAGUCCUUCUAAACACAACACUCCAGGCAGCCAUGCUUGUUACCUUAGACCGACAUGAGAAAUAAAUAUUUGCCAUUUCUAAUUGGGGCCUUAUUUUAUACGUGAGGAAACAGGAAUUGGCUUCAACCAGUGACUUGAAGACCUGAGUUUUUUCUACCACACUCCCGAGGAAGCUCGCAUGGGCAGAGCCGGAUAAUCCGAAGGGCAUACCUUGAAGAUUUUUAUACCCAGAUGAUGGAUGAGUGCUACCAGAUAUGGGCCCAGCUGGAGCACGAGGCUGAAACUCAAUUACACAGGCAGACUGGGCUACUGAUGCUGGGAAUGAAGGAGAAUUCAGAAUUAAAAACAAUCCAGGCUACUUUGUCUAGACACAGGGUGGAACAUCAGUAUUUUUCAGCUGAGGAACUGAAGCAACGUUUCCCCAAUGUUCAGUUGGCCAGGGGAGAAGUGGGGCUCUUGGAAAAGUCUGGAGGAGUUCUCUAUGCAGACAGGGCCCUCAGAGCCCUCCAGGAUGCAAUUCGACGUCUUGGAGGCCAAGUCCAUGAUGGAGAGAAGGUGAUGGAGAUAAAACCAGGGCUGCCAGUCAUUGUGAAAAGUACCUCCAGGAGCUACCAAGCCAAGAGCUUGAUCAUCACAGUAGGUCCUUGGACCAACCGGCUCCUCCGUCCCCUGGGGAUCGAGCUGCCUCUCCAGACUCUGCGGAUCAAUGUGUGUUACUGGCCAGAGAAGGUUCCUGGAAGCUAUGGCGUGUCCCAGGCCUUUCCCUGCUUCCUGGUCCUGGACCUCAGCCUGACUCCCCACCACAUCUAUGGGCUGCCCUCCGGAGAGUAUCCUGGGUUGAUGAAGGUCUGCUAUCACCACGGCAACAAUGCAGAUCCUGAGGAGCGGGACUGCCCGGAAGCCUUCUCAGACAUCCAAGACGUCCAGAUCCUGAGCCGCUUCAUCAGAGAUCACUUACCCGACCUAGAGCCCAAGCCUGCCAUUCUGGAGCACUGCCUGUACACGAACACCCCCGAUGGGCACUGCAUUCUUGAUCGACACCCAAAGUAUGACAACAUUGUCAUUGGUGCUGGAUUCUCUGGACAUGGAUUCAAGCUCGCCCCUGUUGUGGGCAAGAUCCUGUGUGAAUUAAGUAUGAAAUUAACCCCAUCCUAUGACCUGACGCCUUUUCGAAUGAGCCGCUUCCCUGGCCUGGGCAAAGCCCACCUUUGACCCCUGGCCAGCAGCUUCCCUUGUGCAUAUGUAUAGGAGCUGGGAAUAAAGCCCUCUGGCUACUAAAUGUCA